CAGCACAAUCCAACGACUAACAUCGCUGGUUCGACUCCAUUCGAACGUCGCGCUGGCCUAACCUGCGACCAGUGUCUGGACGAAUGCCGGAAGUGGUUCGCGUCCAAGUUUCACUACACCUGCAAAUCCGUAACGUACGACUUCUUCUAUCGGACCUGCGACCUUCACGCUGUAGUAUCUGACAAGAAACAGUACAACUUGGUCCACUCGAGCACAUGCUCCCAUUUUGUCCCCACCGGCAUCUGUUCAGUUAUCAAGCCUGAAAUAAUGACCGUUCCAAGUCAGUCAGUCACGCAACAGCCAUCUGCCUCAAUUUCAAUUGCGCAACAAACAUUCGUUCCAACGUUGGUUGAAGAAGAACACUCUCUAGAAGCCAUAGAAAAUGUCCAUUCACCUUCGUACGGCCAACAACCGACCAUAGUCGCAACAACUGAUGUGCAACAGAGCUGCGCAGAAGGCCAGAAACGUUGGAUUGCAUCUCUGAAAAAUUAUGAUGACAAAAGCCUAACAGGAAGGCUUAUUGCUCACAUGUCUAAAGAGGCGUGUUUCUCCGUCUGUAGAAAUAACCUGAAAUAUUACCGCGGAAUUGCGCUGGGUCUGCAGGGGCCGUGCCAAAGCGUGGUUUACAACGAGAACGGAUGUCGCCUCAGUGAUAAGCAGGUCGCAGAUUUCACUUCCGCAGUUCCGUCCCGUAAUUCUGAAUACGGUGUCGUACUGUGUGUGUCAGCCUACAGCACUGAAUGCGGUAAGCCGAUGGUGCUUGGAAAACUUCAGACGAUGCUGGUUGGAUUCGCCCAGAAAGUGGUACCGGCAUCGAAUUACAACGAAUGCAUGUCGAAGUGCUUCAAAAAGAAUGGCAUAUCAACAUCUGCCUGCAAAUCAGGGAUGUACUUCUUUGCGACAAAACAAUGUGUGCUGAACAGCGAAAGCAGUCUGACUCACAGCGAAGCAUUGUCGAGCGAGCCAAAAACGGCUGUUUUGUAUUUCGAGGAUGGAUGUCACUCAGUAGUUCUACCCGAUGACAGCAUAAACAUCGAAGUGGAACUCACACGACGACAGUUGCUCGAUCAGCCAAUCACACAACAAUGGACUGCGUGGAGUCUUUGCUCCGGAAAAAAUACACUGUCUGUAAGAUAUCAGAAAUGUAAUCUGAAGGACUGCCCGAAGGAAACAAGAAAAUGCGAGGACAUCGAAAGUGAGUUAAUUCUCGUUUUUAUACCAUUUAUGUAG